CUUUCUAAAAAGUGUCGGGCACGGCACGUAUCAACACGAUAACCUUUAGCCAUGUUAAAAUAUCCAUCAAUGUAGUAUACGUCGAAGCUGCGCCAAAAUCGCACGCAAUUCACCUAAACAGAUCGAAGAGUGGCUUGAAAUCUUUACUGCCUGCCGUGUCAGUAGUCACACAGCUGCCUAAAAUCGAAGGCUUCAAGAUAACUGUAAGCAAACGGUAAACAUGUCAGCGAUUUUUACUGGGCUUUAUCAUGUCCAUAUCUACCUAAAGGAAACAUCUAAUAUUUAACUGGUUCAAUAACCAAUUAGUUCAGACGGUCUCAUUUUUUACACCAUUAGCAAAAGGAAAAUAAACUUAGCACAAGUUCUGAGGUCAUAGUCAAGCAUGAUCGAUCAUAGCUUGCCGAACAUCCUCACUGAGUUACAUAGCCUUACUUUAACGAAAGGCUAACCAUUAAACUUCAUGAUCACCGUACCGUACAUUUGAGAAGAACAAGUUUAUUAGGAAAAAUAAAGCCUCGUUCAAUUGCUUUCCAUUAACUGUAUCGCAUUUCCGCGUCCACCUGGCGAUAGAUUUCAAACUGUUUUGUUUUUCAAUUAUAUUAAGCGUAUCUCAUCUAUGUCUUAUUUACAAAAGAAUACUAGCCGCAUUUACACACAGCACUUCAUAUGCUUGCUAUUUAUCAAUAAUAUCACUUAUAGUGUCACCUAUAUAUAUCAUCACUUGUUUCCUCUGGAAGGCAACGAUAAGACAAAAUAAGAACACCAGCUAUUAGUAUGUGUUAAUAUUUUAAAAACAGCAGAGAAAAGCUGUGAUCAGAAAAAGGUUGCUAAAAUGACGAUAAGUCUGUUCAUAUCAAGGUACCAAUUAUACUGACCGAAAGAUCCAAUGGCUGCGCAACAAAGCAAAUAAAAGAUCUUUCAUGGCAAGGAAGUUUCCCCACAUUUUUCUACAAUGCGUCUGUCUGUCCUUGACACCUUAAUAUAUUCAUGGAUCGAACGAUGAAUCAAAUGAAUAGCCUCAUUUCCUCUAUUGCAAAUGCACUGAAAAGGCCACACUAUUACACUUUAAUAACGAAGUGCAUGGAUCGAUAAGGCGUAGCGAUGUAGUAGAUAUACAGUGUUUGCGACUGCGGAUCUACACCAUAAACCUUUUAACAGGACCACUUCCUUCGUCCAGUCCGCGUCGAAUAUUUGUUUCGUUAGUCUUGCCAGAGGCGCUGGUGAAACGAGGUCAACGUUCUGGCCUUACAAGAGAAAAAAUCUCCAUUCGUUUAAUAGCGAAACAUAACUGCGAGUGUUUGUCGAACGAAGUAGCAAAGCUGAAUUUGUGUCGAUUUAGUCUAUAUGUUUGCUCGGUGCAAAGUGACACGAUUGCAAAUGGGCAUGUGAUAUCGUAUAGCAAUUGGAUAGCAUCUUCAGCCAACGUGAAAAGCUAUUUUAACAACAAAAAGCAAAGCCUGUUGGUCUCAAGCAAGGAUCUUAUUCCUAGCCUGCAGUUAAGAUGACACGUCUGUCCUUGCCGGGCUAGUCAUGCUGGCAACUGCUUUGGUGGAAUCCCUUGCAGACAAAUCAUGUCUCCCGAAAAAUGUGUUACUUCCACUGGGGUGUCGCUGUUACAGUGGCCCUCGGAUAACCUGCAAGGGAGCAAAAGAUAGCUCCACCGUCGACCAGAUUGUGAAAACAAUUGGAAACGUAGCUCUCAAGGAGCUGAAUUUGAGUGAGGCGACGCUAACAUCCCUCCCGACAUCGGUCUGCGAGGUCAACGUUGAAGAAUUAGUUUUGAGCCACUCAAAACUAAGGAGUUUGGGUCGUCUGACCAACUGUAAUUUCUCCAGCUUCUCAUUAGAUAACACGACCAUCGAAAAAGCCGACAAAAUGUUUCGUUCGCUUAGAGAAGUACCAGCCUUAAUGCAAUUGUCAUUCCUACGCAUGGAACUGGAUCUGAACGACAUUGGCCAACUCUCGCAUCUAUUGCAGCUGAACUUCUAUAAAUGCAAUUUCACACUUGGUAACUACUUGCGUCCGCUGAACAGUUUGAUCGAGCUACAAAUUGUCGAAAGCAACAUUAAGAGCAUUAUGCUUAAAAGAGACCAGUUGCCAGACUCACCCGACGAACUAAAACUGCUCAGAAUUAUAGGACUGGGUCUCCAUUCACUGCCUGAAAAUUUACUAAUGGGCAUGACAUUACUGCAGAAACUGGACAUUUCGAAGAACCAUCUUGUCGAUUUGCAAGAAUCAGGGUUCAUCUCCUUCCAUGGAACACUUAUAAUGCAAGGUAAUCCAUGGCACUGCGAUGAUCUUGUGUGGUUACGGCGCCGAGCGGCAGCUGGAUCAAUCCGACUCUUUAACUCGGGUCGGGUUGCAUGCGCCACCCCACCUGGCACUCACUUCGACCAGAUACAGCUACCGAAAGAGUCUCAGGAGGAAAAAUUAUGGAAAUCGCCACUCCACCACAUGGCGCUUACUAACCGAGGAGACUUUGGAUUCCCUAUAACGCUGUGCUUCGUCGUCGCAGCUAUAGCAGCACUUGGUUUACUCGGACGGGUGGCUAUAAAAAAGAGACAAACAAUAAUCGAUAUGAAUUCUAAUUCACUCUGCGUGACAGAGAAAAACAACAUUGCCAGCAGCAUGGAGUCGGUUCAAAGUGAUACGGGCCGACUUCUCUAAAUAUACGAGCGGACGUUGAAACGCGUGAUAUGCCCAAGUUUGCUCGUCCUAUACACACAUGCCGUAAACGUGUCGCAGACGCCGCCUUGUCAUUAGUAGCAAACAGAAGCAUUUAUCCUCACUCCUGUAAACAACACGUGUGUUACAAUAAAGCAUUAAUAUAAAAAAAAAAUUAGCAUUCACAUUUAUGUUAACGUGCACGACGAAUUUGCUCAUCUAGUCCUCGACUUAAUUCAGAGUGCGUUUAGGAUCAAACGUGCUGAACGAAAUGCCAGGCAACGUUCAGCUUCCGAAAGUUGCAGCUUGUCCUCGUACCGCUGUUGGUCGUAAGCUAUGUAUCGUUGUUGUCUAAAAUUAGUGUACGUUAUCAUUAUUUUGUUAUCGUUCCAUAAUACUAGAUGCAGCAAAAUCGCAAAUUCGUUUGAAAUAGGCGAGACGCAAUUCUCCAAAACACGGGGAGCAAUGGCGUUUACUUCAACAAUACUGAACCGUCUUCGAAGUGCUACCUGUGCAUUUGGGUUAACACAAACUAUAAAAUCUCUUAUUGUGUUCUACGGUGCAGAGAGGAUGUCAUAUCUCGCAAUGAGUACGACGAAGAAAAGGAGAAGGAUAAUGCGUAAAGAUCAUUGAUGGUUCGCAAUAACGCGUGAUCAUUCAAUUGUGCUUAGUUUUUUUAUGACAGUAACUAGCACUUCUUGUAACAUUUAUAGACUUUUUUUUAUGUAACGUGAAUCUGUUCAAAAUAGUUGGCUUGCCGCAAAGGCGUCCCGCCAGGGUCACUUUGUACCAGGCCAAGCAUUUAACUUAUGCAUGCUGUGUAUCAUAUGGUCUAUAUGUAUCAUAUGGGCGACACCUAUAAACGAAUGUUGUACGGAACAGAAUUGUAUUGACAGAUUUAGCGCAGAUAUUGGAUAAUCUUUCGGUGGUAAGCAGGCGUACAGUUGUAGAUAAAAUUGAAGUAUUCGACUACAUUGGGUACUCAUUUAGUGUGGUCUUAACAAAAACAUUACAAAAAAAUGUAUUACAUACAAGUUUCGUACAAACUUAAAAACAUUGCAUAUUUAUUAUAAUUAGACAUAUAAAUUCGGAAAUCGGACCCUAAGACUGCCCUUUUCCUCUUAAAUACUCUGUCCCUAUCCCGUACACCGACCACUCAGUCAGUUCCAGUCAUGAGGCAGUAAGUGCAAUUAUAAUUAACACCAACCGUGAUUGUCAAAGUAUAUAGCUUUAGUAAGGAACCGUAGCUUCAUGUGAUAUAAAGAAUUAUUAGAUAGGAAGGGUCAUGACCUGCUCAUGACGGUUUCGCAAACGAUGGACGUUGAAAAAUAAAUAAACUCGUAGCAACUCCUUGAUUGCCUUACUACGAAGCGCUCUCGUAUUGUUGGGGUAAUCACUGUAGUGACGUUAGGCAGAAAACUUAGAACAGGGCUCUAGGAGAAGAUGGCCCAGUUCUACAUCAAGUUAUGAACCAUAUUGAAAUCCUCGCAGCAGCCUUUAGAAAAUUAAAGAAAAGUAAAGAAAAGUUCCCGCUCAAUUUCAUUGUUAACAUUUCACCAUUGAAUAAUAAAUAAUCAAAAAUCUCAAGAAAGUUUA